UACAGUGAUAUUUAGUCUAAUCAUUCUAUAUAGACACCUCCCAUAGGUAAACAUUAUAGUUAUCCAUAAAUAAAACCAAUAAUUUACAAGUGUAACUUAUGGGUGAAAAAGUCUAUAAAAAAAUCACCGUUGAUGGGGUAGUUUAUCAGAUUCAACCUCCUGAUGGGGGUUGGGGUUUAUUAGUCGCACUGGCCACCACAAUUAUAUAUAUUUGCACAGUGGUUCCCAUGGCAGGUUUCGGUACAAUUUUUAAAGAUUUUCUUAAAAAAUUCGGGGAUGAAACCAGUAAUGCCGCUUUAACAAAUGGCUUAUUUAAUACCGUAAGCUUUUUCACCGGUUUAUUAGCGACCAUCUUACUGAAUAAAAUAUCAUUUAGAAAAGUCGCUUUGUUAGGAUCAAUGUUUCACUUAAUAGGGACAAUUGGCACCAUAUUUGCCACCAACAUGCCGCAACUGAUCACGUUUUUAGGGAUUUUUCAAGGCAUGGGAUUUGGUUUGCUUCUACCAGCAGCAUUGUCAGCAUUUAAUGCUUAUUUUGAUGAGAAGUUACAGAUGUGGAUGAGCAUUUCCCAGACAGGUAUGGUAAUCGGUUACAUUCUAAUGCCCCCGAUAGCAGCCUGGUUCAUUAAGGCACUGGAAUUCCGGGGUAGUUUGAUCUUUUUGGCGGGACUUAGCGCUCUGACUGUUCCUGCUGCCUUAAUUCUACAGCCUGUCAAAUGGCAUAUGAAAAUGACCAUCCAUAAAGAGACUGAUAAGGAAAUAGAACUCUCUGUUAUUAAUAAACAAAUAGAAGAAGAAGAGGAGCCGCUUAAUAAAGGGGAAAGAAAAGUGGAUAAACCAACUAAACCAUCCUUAUGGCAAGCAACCAAGGUCUCACUGUCUCUUCUUACAGACCCGAAGUACCUGAACUUAAGCAUUGGGCUUGCGCUAUGCUUCACAGCUGACAUACAAUUUUACCCAAUCAUACCGCUUAUACUUGGCAACGUCGGUUUUACUAGUUCUCAGAUUGCCCUUAUACUGAGCGUGUAUUUUGGGGCGGAUUUGGUAGCCAGAAUCUGCAUGUCAAUUAUUUCUAUUUUUGUCAAGUACCAGUGUAGGCGUCUGUUUUAUUGGGGGGCCUUAUUUAGUGCCCUUUUGAGAAUUGUUUGGCUCCUAAAUGACAAUUUUUGGUAUAAAAUAACCGUUAUGGCAGUUUUGGGCGUUCUAAGAUGUUUUAUAGAGACCCUGGUUUCUUUGGUGAUAUCGGAGGCGUAUCCAGAUAAAUUCUCGUCGGCGUUCUCUUUGUACAUGUUUGUCAAUGGGUUUACGUGUCUCAUAUGUGGAUUUCUCAUGAGUGGUGUUAAGGACUACACCCACAGCGACACCAUGGUUUGUCAUGUUCUGACGGCAGCGUUUGCCAUUAGUGUCAUUAGUUGGACAAUAGAAAUGUUUAUCCUAAGGAAGAAAAAUAAAAAAUAAGAACAAAAAAUGUU